AUGCAAACACAUAACAACCCAGAAUUGAUACCGUCAGAAUUGAUUGGACAAAGUGAAAGGACCCCUGCAACUAAUAGUAUUCACAAUUUGGAUAAUGACACUCGACAGAGUAGUAAUGCAAACAACAAUAAUAAUAAUGGAAGUAGAAUAGAUGAGAUCAUAAGGCGAGAAAGUGAUAUAAUACAAUUGAUUCGACAAGGUGACGAUUUAUUGACGCUCACUGAAGGAGAAGGUGGUGAUGGUGCUGAUACAGAUGUGGAUGCAAAAUACUUAUCACAUAUAAGUCCUAUUGGUUCACCGGUACACCGAGAACGAGUCGGUGAUAUGGAUUUAUUAAGGGAUAAAUUUGAUGACGUUAUAAAACUAUUCCAUAAUGAGGAAGCUUCUAAAAAUGAAAAUAACGAUAAUACUACUACUACUAAUAAUAAUAAUGGGAGAGGAGAUGGAAACACUACAAUGAAGGACGAUGACGAAGAUAUUGAUGAUAAAUUUAUAUUAGAGGACCAUCAAGGGAAAAGUAAGGAAUUUUAUGAAGAGAAUGAUAGUAAAAAUGGAACUGCAGGCGUUAAAGAGAUGAUCCCACCAGAGAAUUUUAGUCAUGUUGUAGGGGAAAUAUAUAGAAGUAGUUUCCCAAGAGUGGAAAAUUUUGAUUUCCUAUUGAAAAGAUUGAAAUUAAAAUCUAUAUUGGUAUUAAUUCCAGAAGAAUACCCGACUGAAAAUUUGGAGUUUAUGAAUCAAUCUGGAAUUAAGUUGUUCCAAGUGGGUAUGAGUGGUAAUAAAGAACCGUUUGUCAAUAUACCGUCUAAUUUAUUAACUAAUGCGUUAGAGAUUGUAUUAAACCCCGAGAAUCAACCCAUUUUAAUACAUUGUAAUAGAGGGAAACAUCGGACUGGAUGUCUAAUUGGGUGUAUUAGAAAAUUACAAAAUUGGUCCUUAACUAUGAUAUUUGAUGAAUAUCGUCGUUUUGCAUUUCCAAAGGCUCGUGCAUUGGAUCAACAGUUUAUAGAAAUGUAUGAUGAUCGUGUGAUUACAAAGGUUGCCAGACAAAACAAAUGGUUACCAUUACAAUGGUAA